GUCGUAAAUGUGAGUUUCACCUGAGUUCAGGUUUUCAUCCAUUCGAAGUACCUGUUGGGUCGUCGGCUCACUUUUUCCCUCGUUCUUUCCUCUUCCAUAUAGCCUCGUUUAUUACUCCUAGCACUCCCCUAACACACAAAGUGUCUUCAGGCUAGACGCACACCUACCGAAGACUAAACGUUAUUCUGUAUGCCCUCAUAGUGAAUGUGUUACUAUGGAUUAUUACCAAAUUUCACCAAACAUAAGUUCUCCAGCCUUCUCUAGUCCGACAGGUUCUUUUAUAUCAGAAGAAGACAGGAUCGAUUCUGAUAUUGAAGCAGAUAUACUUCAAGCUAACAUCGAUGAGAAUACAACCGUCAGAACAUGCUCUCCUGCCUCUCUGCAGUCUUCGAAGCAUUUGGGCACAUCACAAGUGUUUAUUCGCAAGGCCAUGUUGUCUUCUGUAUCCUGUCAGCUUAAGAAUGCUUCAGUUAAAAGUCAUGUAGGCGACCCCUCCUGUGUGUCUUUUCGCAAGUAUGUAGCGAUUGGGACAAACAAAGGUGUCAUAUUUAUUUUCAAUUUACAUCAAGUCUUGAGACUUUGUUUUGGCAACAUAAGUCCACCAAAUACUCCUGAAGCAAAAGCUGGGGAAGCUCAAGGCCCAAUAACUGUCUUAAGCCAGAAUCCGAAUGGAACUUUAUUAAUGACUGCGUAUAGUAGUGGUAGAAUAGCUGUUUGGCAAAUUCCUGCUUCAGUCUUAUCUGAGAAAUCUGGACAAGAUACAAUAAUGGGUCGCCAGUAUGCUCCUGAUGACGAGUCAGAUAUACCAGAAACAUCACAGAGAAACGAUGGUGGUCUUAACUCUAUUCAAUUAAAUUGCAACUAUGCACCACAAGAGGUCUCACUAACCCCCAAGAAGAGGGGUUCAGUCUCUUUUUCCAAUAACGGUGGUUAUGGGCGUCUCCUCUGUAUAGUCGACGAUGCUCAUGGAGUUGGUCAUUCAAUCGGUCUUUGUUGUUUUACUACUGUUUCCUCGCUAGCUGCGUGUGUUGACACCGGAGGAUCAGUGUUUCAGCUUAAGUUUACACAAGGCUUAGUUGGUAUGAAAGGCGAAUCUAUAUGUUUCUUUUCUGGAAGUCAUGGAGAAAUAUGUGCAAUGGAAGCCCUUGGAUUGAAUGCGUCGAAAACUAAUGGACAUUUCGAUUCAAAACAGUUAGAUGAUCAACUUAAAGAAGCUAAGCAGUCGAUCCUAAAUUCUUCUGCUCUUCUGGCUCUGGCUUCGUUUACCAAACUGAUCAUUGUACAGUUGCGUCCUCGUGUUCAAGUAUCCCACUGGCAGGUUUUGAAAGGACCACCUGCAUUCCUUCCCUUUUUAAAUUGGUACUGGAGUGCUGAUUCUCCUGAUAAUGCAUUUAUUGCUUUUGGUCGAGGUUCAGUUGUUUACAUUAUGCAAGUUUCUAAGAUUUCCCAGUCAGACAACACUUCUGUUACUUCUUUACGAUUAAAUGACUCUCCUUUUCCUGAUAGUUCCACCCUCUUACGUUCGAAUACUUCAAAGAAUAGCGGGAAUCGGCUUGGUUUUAAAUUGUUAUAUUCUUUUAGUUUCGAACAAAACUUUCUCAACCUGAAGUGGAUCUCUUUUAAUCAACUUAUCGUUGUAAAUGAAUGUGAACAACUUCAUUUGUUGAAUAGUAUAACUGGGGAAAUGCUAGAAACCAUUGAUAUCUCAAAUAUUCAUCUCCGUCUUAAUUCGGAUUUGUUUAAGUUUCCGAAAAUUAGUGAAGCUCUUGCUGUUGCUGGGGAACGAGCUUGUAUGCAUUCCAUUACUGCUUAUGGAUCUCAGUUAUUGAUCCUCGGUGAAACCGGGUUGUACCUGAUAGCAUUACGUACAUGGAACGAGAGUGUUAUUUUUCUUCUACGCCGUAAACAACUUCAAUUGGGUCUUAAUUAUAUGGAAGCUGCAUUAAAAUCAUUAACAUCUGUCAACCAAACUAAUGUUUCUUAUUUUUCCAAUGAAACAGUAGAUAAUGAUUACAGUGAAUCCUUAUUGUAUAAUCAAAUCCUGACUAUUCUUCAUGACGAGGUGCUUCAUGUUUUAUCGUCUCAGAAUGAUGAAAAUGAUAAUUGGAUAUCGGCGUCUUCAGUGAUUGAAUCAAUUUUUAGGAUAGCUUGCAUGAUUAAGAAGCCUGAAUUCAUUUGGUUAGAAUUAUAUCCAGCUGUCCGAAAUCUUCCCCAGUUAGCAUCUGCUUUAUUUAAUGCUACAUUUUCUAUCUUGAAGUCAUUGCCUCCGUUCGAACAAUUACGUACAAAUUGUUCUCAACCUCUACAUGAAAUUAAUUCCAAGCAGGCUUUCAUUCAACUCCCUCCUGAUAUGAGCAAAGAAUUGAUUGAUUGGUGCUUACAUGAAGAUGAUGCGUUAGAGGCAAACAUAGAUGAUAUGAACUCGACGUGCAGUUAUAAUUUAAUUGAUAGAAAAGUUAGAACAGAAAUCUGUCUUCUUCGUUUACACCCAUCAUGCCUGGAUCUAAACUAUGCUGUUAAGUUGUGCUGGACCAAUAGUCUGUUCGAUGCCUACUUACAUCUGUACACAGAUAUUUUAAUGGAUUUCGAAACGCCUUUCAACGAUCUCAUACAAUACCUGACCAGUAGUUUGAACGAUUCCAAUGAAGAAACAGAGAAAUAUGAUCGUAACAGAGUAGAAAAAUGUGGACAUUGUUUACUGGUCUUAAUUCGUUCAGCAUUUGCAGGCGAAUCAUUCUGUCAUCAACGUUUACCCCCACCACUGCAUCAAGAUAUUCCCUUAAAGGUUUUUAACCUUAUGCUCAGUGAAUCUUUCCUAAACGUAAAAUGUCCACUCAGGUUUUUAAAAAAUGUUAAGUAUCCUGUCUUGCACCUGCUCCUGAAAUACAACACAAUAGACUUUCUCAAUUUACUCACUUUAUCAGCUUCGGAUGAAUUUUUUGCCAAAGGACAGUUGGGCCAAUCAAGAUGUCAACAGCUUUACUACUGUCUUAUUCUAACAUCACUUUCACGAUCAUCGUCAUCACCUAUAUUCAAUAAAGAUUCUCAGUCCGACUCUGUGUAUCAAACAAAAGAAUUGGAAGAAUCUAAUUGCCAACUUUUGGCGUAUGAUGUAUCUAUUCCUUGCCGUGUAUUUAUCUUCAUUAUAAGUCAGUUUAGCAUGGUUCAUAGUAAAGAAGUCGAAAUUGAUCAUAAUCUUAUUUAUCAGCUAUUCAAAGGUAUUUGCGAUUCAAAUGAUCAAUUGUGUAGAAGUCUUCUGUCAGAAUUCGAAUUGGCUGUGAUUGAAUCAAUAGAAUCAGGCCUAUUAAAACAUCUAGAACAAUGUGCUACCUUGAGUUCUGAAAAAGGAUUAUAUAAAGUGUGUGAGUACAUUCAUCAAACAUGUGGCAAUAAACUUCUUGUUUUAAAGUAUCAAAUACUGUUAUUAAAACGAAUUAUACUCGCUAAAGUUAGUAAUAACUCCACGUAUACAUCAAUUCAUUCAGAUCAUAAUGCAGUGAAAUUAGCUAGUUGCAUUUUUCAAUGUUUGGAGCAUAAUAUUAAUCGUAUUAACAAAAAGUUUCUAGUCGAUAACGAAAAUUAUGAUAAUCUAAAAUUGAUUUGUUUCGAACAGGCCGAGGUACUUGCUGACUGGGACGAAGAACGUACAUUAAAAGUCUUAUAUGGCCUAACAAAUGCAUCAAUAUCAGAAAUGCUUGAGUUAGUCAAUUCAUACGUCAAGGAAAAAACAUCUAAUCAGCAUACAACUUAUUUAAUUUUACGGGCGUUUUUCAAGUGUCGAAAGGUUAUUUAUAAUCAUCAUCAAACGACUAAUUCUGAAGAAUGUACGCCUGAUGAUUCAGAUGAUGAAACAACUUCAACCACCAAAAACUGGAAACAUUUCCUUCAGAACUAUGAUACCAAAAUAACAGAAUUAUUUAUUUAUUUGCUAGUUAAUUUUGAGCUUCCAUCUUCUGGUGAAUUGUUAACCUUCUUAGAAUCAUACAACGACUAUGCUAUUGAACACGUACUGAAGGUUUUAUCGGUGGAAAAGUACCCGAUAGAGGUUGCUUAUCUAUAUGAAAAGUCUGGAGAUUUAUCCAAAGCUACAGAGUUGUAUGAACAGAUAUUUUCUGAAACGUGGCAAAAACUAAUAAAAGAGGAGUGUAAGCUUCGAAAAACCUCUGUAGAUUUUACUUCUGUCAGCUUUCAUAACUCGGGUGACCAAUCGGCAACUAUCAUCAACUCUGUGUUACAAAAACUAUAUGAUAAUGUUCAUCAAGCGAAUCAACGUCUUGUAAAUUUCUGCCAGCGAAGAUGUGCACAAACUAACGAUCAGUCAGAAAUCGAAGGUAUAUGGUUUAGUGUAAUUGAUUUACUAAUGAAAUGUGAAUUCGUACAAAAUCAUCCCGUGUUAAACGCUCAGUUGAGUAAUAUAUUCUAUAAUUCUUUCUCAUUAGUCAUGACUUACUUACCGCCAACUGUGAUCGUUUCGCACAUCUUGGACAUUAAUGGGACAGAAAUUACAGUAAACUCCAAAAUUAAUUUAUUGGUGAAGAAGUUUAUAUCAGCCUGUCAAUUCGAGGCAAAUCAGAUGGUAAUUAACAAACAAUUAGCAGGAAAAGAGUUAACUUCCAAGCAACUUCGAACAUUUAAAGAGUACAAUUGUGGUUUUAGUAAUCGAAGCCUUAUUUGCUCUACAUGUGGAUUAGACCUUCGAAUAAACAAUUUACUGACUAGACGAGAAUGGGAAGCAAAACGUAUGAUGAGUAAUGAUGACAAAACUUUAAGUGAUAAACGUGUAAUAGUAUUUCAGUAAGUUGAUAUUCGGUCUUUUGCCGUACACACUACAUACAUUUACUUCUUAUGAUACAAGUUUUGUGCUAUCUGCUAACAGACAAACGAACAGUUAAAUCACACACGUCAUUAUGGCUUUUUUAAAAUUUAUAUUGAUCGGUAGGCACGUAAUGAAUUCGUUGAGUUUGUCAGUAUGUCGAAUAAAGGCUGUGUUGAAUCAUUGUAAUCAGUCAGCUACAACGUAGGACCUGGCACAUAUGUGCAGCGGUCCAAGUCGCCAUACCUCAUUAGCACAAGAUGAACACCGCAUUCAUAGAAGUAGGUAAUUCAGUAGUGGUGUCUAGUGCUUCUUUGGCUUCGGUUUGAUCUUGGGAGUCACAAUCGGAUGGUGAUCUAAAGCUGUUAGCCCCUGGUUCUCACAUCUCCCAUGAACCUUUCGAGUUUUUCAUUGAUGCAAUUACUAUCGACCUGAUUCUCUGUAAUGUGGUCCAGUGAAACUCAUGCUGCCUUGUGUAAACAUGUGUAGGGUUGAAUGGUGCCACUUGUAGCCAUAUUGUUGAAAACAAAUCCCUCACCAUUCUCGUUCCUUCCUCACAGUCCAUGUUGUUCCAUGAUAUCUUCUUACCCAGUGUUGUCCAUUCCGAGUCUAAGUCUCCCAUCAGGAUGAUCUGGUCCUAUUCUGAGCACUUUUGUAGAGUGAACUGCAGCUCCAUAAAACUAACAUUUAUUAUUUGGGCUGUCAUCUUUGGUGAGCACAUUGCACUGAAUGACAUUAAUUUUAAUCCCCUCUUUGUUUUGCAGGAUGAUUUGAUGAUCUAUGAGAUUCCCAUCCUAUAAGCAAUUUUCGCACUUCUUCGCAUAACAUUAUUGAAACUUCUUUUGUGUGCAAAUCAUUUCCUUCUUUGUGACUACAAUACAACAGUAUCUCUCCCGAAGUUAUUUAUUUCGGUUCAUCUUGAAGCCAGCGGGUUUCAUUUAUUACGCAAACCUCCAAGUUGUAUCUUUUCAUUUCUUAAGCUACUUGGGCCUUCCGGUCUCCCACAUUGCCCAUACACCAUGUACAUCUUCAUUGUUUGUUGUUCUGGUUAUCUGGAUGCUCCUAGACUUUCAAAUAAUCUCGGCUAUACCAUGAGGCAUUAUAAGUUCUCUAUAUUUAGACCCUUCAAUUUUCAUCCAAGAGUUGAAAUUAAUUCGUCUAACAUAGCGUAUUUUGGGCGAAAUACGCUGCUAACUUUACGCCUGACCCUCUUCAUUCAUACGGAGUUGGGACAAGUGGUGACCCUAGUGGCGUCCAGGCUGAGUUAAACCAUUGAUUUAGCUGUUCGCUACUUUAGUAAGUUAUCCAAACAAUUUUUUUGUCACAUCACUUCAUUAUUUAACUGAAUCUUAAUUUCGGUAGAUUAUCUUGUUCCUUUUAUUCUUCAGUUGCCAUCAUGCGUUUCAUGAAAGAUGUUUGAGGGAAUUCCAGUGUAAAACUGAUACACCUGCAUCUGUGGUUCAUUUUUGGUCAUGUUCAAUAUGUCGACCCGUAAGCUAUCCUGCAGUUAAGACUAAUUGUUUUUAUGAUGAUAUGGUCAAAUUACACUCGGAUGAAAUCAAGGUAGAUAAUCCUACCCAGUCGUCUACAAAAAAUGAGGAGAACAUUCUGUUUUAGAUUGAUACUGACCCACUCGUACACAAAGUUUUAUUUGUCCUUCGAUAAACUAAUUCCGGAACAUGGUAUAUAACAGCUAUGCAUCAAUACCUGUGAUAAAUUCCUUGCUUCUCUUAUCGCUUAAUUUGUUAGUGAUUUCCAUAUGUUCGUAUCAUAAUUUAUUUUCUUGUAUAUGUUUGCCAAAUUUUACAGAAAAAUAUUUCAAUAUUCGA